AUGCCGAGCGUCCCGCAGUCAUGGCGGCGACUCCUUUUCCUCCUCCCCGUCCUCGUCAUCGCACUUGGCCUUGCUACCGGCCUGUACAGCGGAUCGCUUCCCAAGCCCAAAUUCCUGGAAUGCAAAUCCAACGACACGAACCCAUUCCAUAACCUUCACGACAUCAUCCACGCCCUGUGGGCCCCGCUUGUCGUGCCUAUCAAUCAGCCAACGUUCACGACCAUCGACGGCGCCGAGAAGAGCCUCCCCGCGCCCGAGGAGCUGACCCACACCGAGAAGCUGGGGAGGCGGCUCUUGAUCCUCGACGUCGACACGCGCCCGCUCUCCGAGGAGGGCAGCGUCUUCGGCGAGAGCCUGCCCACGUGGGACAAUCUCAAAAACCCGUCGGCUGGCUUCCUGAGCCACUACAUGUACUCGCUCAUCCACGGCUACUCGUACAAGUUCAUCCGGGCGCCCCAGUACGUAGACCGGGCGCCGCACUGGUCCAAGGUCGUGUUGACGAAGGAGAUGCUGAAGAGCUACGACUUUGUCAUCAUGCUCGACUACGACGCCAUGUUCCCGACGCCCGAGCUUCCCCUGGAAUGGAUGUUCAACUACUGGAAGAUUGAUAAGAAAGUCAUGGUCGCUAUGGCCGAGGACCCCAACGGCGGCGACAAUAUUGACCUCCGCGACAAGGUCAACAUCAACUCGGGCUUCAUAAUCGCGCAGGCUAGCGAGAACACGCAGGCCCUGUUCAAGGACUGGGCCGAGUGCCCUUCGGAGAAGCGCUACAAGGAUUGCGCCCAGUGGAAGCUGAAACUGUUCCACGAGCAAGCCGCCUUCAGCUCUCACGUGCGCUACGACUUCCUCGACGGCAAGAGCAUCAACACGGACCCCGGGUACAUCCGCAUGCUGCCCUGCAGCGAAGCCAACGGCAUCCCCAAGGUGAAGCACAUUGGCUGCUGGGGCCAGCUGGUGCGCCACUACUGGGGCGACAAGAGCAAGACCAACGACGAGUUCAGCCAUAACGUCAUGUCCGCCCUCACUCCCCUGCUAGCCAGGGCAGGGUUCGGGCCAGGAGGGAAUGUCGACGACUUCCGGGGCAAGUAUCUCGACGGUGCCGAGGUCCUCGACCAGCCGCCGAGCGCCUAG